UUCUCAUUUCUCUCUCUUCGUCAGUGCGUGUAGUGUGUGCCUUCAACGACGAAAGUCACGAACCAGCUGAUCUAGUGCUCGACGACCGGCGACUACUUCGGAGGACUCCUCGUCGACCACCGGCGACUACAUAGUAUGGAGAAAAGGAAAUUGGAGUUGACACCCCCUGCAGAGAGAAAUGAUGGUAGUUCAAAGCGAACUCGACACAAUCAAUCAAUUAUUUCCAAGCAGUCAGGCCAAGAUCGAUGUGAAUAUCUAACUAUUUUGAAUGCAUCAAUUGAUAGUGUCCGGUUUGUUGUAAAGCAAGGACUUGCAUUUCGUGUCAUUAGUGAAUUCGAGGAUUCGAGCAUUCAAAAGGACUUUCUUCCGUUUUUGCGAUGUCUUGCUGAUUACAACGAGAAUGUUAAAUCCGUUGUAUUAAAUAAUGCCCCAGAAAAUCUACUUGAGCUUCAAAAAGACAUUACUAAUGUCACUGCAACGGAGACGGUUAAUCUUAUCAUCAAAGAUAUUGGAGAUGCAUUUUUUUCAAUAUUAAUUGGUGAUUCUUAUGAUAUAUCGAUGGAGGAGCAUAUUGCUGUUGUGCUACGUUACGUGAACAAGGAUGGGAAUAUCAUUGAGCGUUUUAUUGGCAUUCUACAUGUUAGAGAUAUAACUGCUCUUUCACUUAAGACAUUGAUAGAUGAGUUAUUUUCUAGACAUGGAUUGAGCAUUUCUAGACUGCGUGGGCAAGGUUAUGAUGGGGUUACUAAUAUGCAAUGCGAGUUCAACAGUCUCAAAAUACUUAUUUUAAAGGAGAAUGAAUUUGCCUUUUUUGUUCAUUGUUUUGACUACGAGCUUCAAUUAGCUCUUGUGGCUAUGGCAAAAAAUCAAAUCGGCUCCUCUUUUAUCACAUUGGUUGGUAACGUGAUGAAAGUACUUGAAACCCCAUGUAAACAUCAUGAUAUCCUUCGAGAGAAACAAGUUGCUGAAGUUAUUGAAACACUUGACGAAUGUGAAAUUUCAUGUUGGGGCUCAAACUAUGGCACUUUAAUUAGAUUGAUUGUGAUGUUCUCAUCUGUAAUUGGUGCUCUUGCUAUUAUUGAAGAGGAUGGAUCAUAUUCUAGUGGGAAAUAUGAAGCAAAUAAUUUGCUGGAAUCAAUGCAAACUUUUAGUUUUGUACUUAAUUUACAUUUGAUGAGAAUUGUGUUAGGGAUUACAAAUGAAUUAUCAAAGGCAUUACAAAGGAGAGAUCAAGAUAUUGUAAACUCCAUGUCCUUGGUCAAAGUAAGCAAGCAACGAUUGCAAAUGAUGAGGGAGGACGGAUGGGAUUCUUUUACUUGAUCAAGUUUCUUCCUUUUGUGAGACACAUGAAAUUGAUGUUCCAAACAUGGAUGAUAUGUUCAAAACUCGAGGACGACUGCAUCGUAAAGCUCCAGAAGAGACAAACUUGCAUCAUUAUCGUGAUGAGUUGUUCUAUAAGGUCAUAGAUAUGCAACUUCAAGAGUUAAAUAGUCGUUUCAUUGACUCAAAUAUUGAGUUACUUCUCUGUGUAGCAUGCCUAUGUCCAGAUGAUGCCUUCAUUGCUUUUGACAAGAAAAAAUUAAUUCGCCUUGCUCAAUUUUAUCCAAAAGAAUUUUCUGCAAGGAGGCUCAUGAAACUUGAUGCUCAACUUAAGAAUUAUAUUCUUUAUGUGCGCUCUAGUAGUAGCUUUGAAGGAUUGGAAGGGAUUGCUGCUCUUGCAAAAAGAAUGGUUGAGACAAGACUCGACAAGGUAUAUACAAAGGUGUAUUUGCUUCUUACGUUGGCGUUGAUCUUACCAGUGGCAUCUGCCACUGUGGAUAGGGCAUUUUCUACUAUGAAUUUUGUAAAGAUUCAAUUGCCCAAUCGGUUGGGAGAUCAAUGGAAGAAUGAUAACUUGGUUGUAGAUAUAGAAAAAGACAUAUUUCGGGACAUAUCUAAUGAGGUUAUCAUGCAACGCUUAGAAAUAUGAGAAUUUGUCGAGGACAAUUGUAAUGGUAUUCGAUGGAAUUAUUAUUAAUAGAUAUUUAAGUUCCUAUAUUUGUCAUGUUAGUUGGAAAAGAUAUAUUUUGUCAUGUUCAAUGCUCUGUCGUUUACCGUUUGUAGUGUAACUUGACAGUUCAUUAUUGUUGUCUUCAGUUACUCGUUUUCAGGUUGCAAUAUAUAACAAAUAAUUUUUUAU